AUGAAGAAACUAGGGAGGAGGGUCCACCCGACCCCUGCGGCCGCAGCGGCGGCGGCGCCGUGGGAGCAGCUGGCGGCUCUCCCGGCGGCCAUGAUGGCUCUGGCGACGGCGCUGACGGCGGAGGAGCAAGAGGUGCUGGCCUAUCUCCUAUCCGGCGGCGUCGGAGGAGGUGGUGGUAGUGGUGGUGGUGGUGGUGGGAGGGGGAAGUGGAAGGAGGAGCGGCGGGGGCGGCAGCAGCACCCGCCGGAGCUGGGUUGCCGGUGCUUCGGGUGCUACAAGAGCUUCUGGGCGCGGUGGGACGCGUCGCCCAACCGCCACCUCAUCCACCGCAUCAUAGACUCCGUCGAGGAGACACUCGAGUCCAGGGAGCGCACCCGGGGGAAGGGCCGCCGCCGGCGGAGCGGCCGGGGCGGCGGACGGAAGGGUGGGGAAACGACGGAGGAGACGGCGGUGAAGGCGGAGGAGGAAGAGCUUUUCGGGGUGGAGGGGAAGGGUUUCACGGUAGUUGACGGAGGACACGCUGCGGAUGAUGAUGAUGAUGAUGAUGAUGAUGAUGGGGAGGAGGAAGACGAGAAGGGAGAUGAGGUUAAUGGAGCUGGUGGUGGUGGGGAGACUAAGAGCUCGGUGAGGAGGUUUGUGAGUUUUAUUGGAGAGAGGGUUUGGGGAGUGUGGAAUUAA